AUGUCAUUUGAGGAUGCAGUGGUCCAGUUGCGGACGGUUCUAGAAUCUGGAGAAGGCGAAUCGUCGACUCUGUUUUUUCAAAUUGGCACUUAUCUGAGAGAUGAGACCAACAGGGCUAAUGAGGCUUUGAGAAGCCUGAUUUCUGACAUUAUGGAGUAUGCGAUGCUCAAACAAGAGGUGGCUCCGUUGGGCGAUAUUUAUAGAUUGUUGGCCAACUUUGUUGCCGAUUCAGUACAAAACAGAGAAUUGGUUUUGCACCAGGCCAAGGCAGAGCAGUUUUUUGCAUUUACACGAGACCAGAUCGACGGAUCGAGUCACGUCUUCUUUAUUCUGCAUUUUCUGAAUAAUUUACUUUUGGACUGUCCAGAGGCCUCUAAGUACCUCAAUGGCAACGGAAUCGCCCUGAAAGUUGCGUGCAAGAGUAUCCCUGAUGAUUGGAAAGACGUUUGGACGAGCGUGUUGGAGGAACUAGCGAGCCAAAGUACGUCUUGCGAAUUUUUCAGAGCACUUAUGAACAUCGACAACCAUAAUCUGAUAUACGACAUGAGCAAAAACGACAUGGAUCUCCGAAAUGAUACACAGCUGAUGCACGACAUGAUUCAGCGGGUGGCAAAGGACGACGAUCGGUUACUGUUCGAAAGCGUGAUGAAUAUCUCUGCAAAUCCUUCCAACCCAAAUAAUGAUCUAGAGGAGUACCUCAAACUCAUUGAUACCGACAACGGGGCGCUUCAGGCAUUGGGAAUGAUAAUUUUGGGGAACUAUAUAAUGUCUGCCGAGCAACAGGCCGAGGUAGCUGCCAAGGUCAAAAGCGUCGAGAAAUUGGUUGAUCUUCUAACUAGCUUUGCCGAAUCGCGCAAAUACGAGUAUCUUCAAGCUGUUUACCUACUUAACAAACUUCUGGGAAAUAAAGAGUUCAGAGAACAGUUUCCCAAGAGCUCAUAUUUGCAAAUGUUGUUUUUGGUUGAUACUCUUUUUGAAAAUCGACUUUACGAAACGCAGUACAAAAACGUACUGAAACUGAACCUUUUAUUCCAUUGGAAAUAUUCACAUAAGCUUAGCGAGGACGAAGCUGAACGCCUGGAGGAGCACAUCGUGAGAUGGAAGUCCUACAAGUCUCGAGACUACAACAUCAAUUCUGAGCUUCAGAAAAUAGCGUACAAACUUAUAGAGCAUAGGAACGACGCAACACUGGCAAGCCUGGCAUUUGACGGUUUUGCCGCCGAUCGCGAGAUUGAGCGCCAGCUCGACCUUGUGUGCUUCAUGGAAAAGGUCAAAACUAUAGGCAUUCUCAUUUCUAGAGACGGCUCAGUCGCCCAGCUACCAUGGUUUUCUGCUACAAUGGAAGAAAUUAAAAUAGCCUUAGAUACGCUUCACCAACAACCCAACUUCGAAAACGACCCUAGGCUGCGCUUGCUCGACAACAACUACCGGUAUAUAUGUGCUAAAGUGGGCGAAUGCAAAUAA